GCGUAUGAGAUUUCGGAGCCAUCUUUAUGGACAAAAACAAUGUCGAUCUCAAUCGAUACCAGAAUGGGUUUACCUUUCUUUUUAUUUAAUAAAAUACAAUGAAUAACAUUUAAAACAAUUGUAUAAAAUGAUUAUUAGACCAUUGUUUAUCUACAAGUUGCACUUUACACGAGUUAUCAGAAUAAUUAAAAGUAAACAUUACCCUAUUCUUGCUUGAAAACUAAAGUGAAAGACAAAAAGACAUUUUGUACUCAAAAUUUUCAUGGAUUCUACAAGUAUCUCACAUUUAACAACCUCUUUAACUAUACGCACCCUUCUAUCACUUCAUCAAUUUAAAAAAAAAAAAAAAGCUUUAAAUAUAAGAGAAUGCAAUUUAGAAAAGAAAAAUUGAUGCAGUUAAUUAAAAAUUGAAUGCAGUUUCGGACCGAAAAGUUCGGACAGAAAAUAUCCAGAAAUGUUUCGGACAGAAAAUAUCCAGAAAAAACUCUUAACGAAUUUUGUUUAACCUGGCGUUAACAUUGCUUGUUAGUUAUGAAAAUUUUUCAGGGAAAAAAUUUGUUUUGCUGCAUUUUUGUUUAAAAAAGAUUCCACAUAUCUUUUGUUUUAAAAUGUUGAUUUCAAGAAUGUUACUUUGGAAUUGUUGGUUUCAAAAAAAUGUUGAUAUGUCCUUUCAUUGUUAUUGUUUAUGAAAGACUUCCACGAAGCAAAGGAAAAAUUAUCAUGACUUCGCAAAAUGACAUUCUCAAAUUUUCAGAAUCUUCUUCAUUCAAAGCUGAGAUUCGUUUCAAAGAAUUUGAUACCAAUGGUUCAAGAGGGCGCAACUAUAAACGCCAAUGUUGUGAUACAACAGUUGAAAUUUGUAGCACACAAUGCUUUUUUAAAUUUCAGAUUUGCUUUCUAACAAGUUCAAAUUCUUUGACAAUAUGCUUUAACACAAGUUUUAUUCCUGAAGACAUUCUAAAUAGAACAACUACUUUUCCAGAAAUAAUAUCUAGCAACCUAUCAAACAGAUUCAUUGUUCAACUAUCAUCUUUAAAGGUUGGUUUCCACAUCACUGUUUACUCAAAAAAUAAUAGUUUAUUUAAUAUUAUAUCUUCGCAAGUUGAAUUUGAUUCAAUUGGUGUUGAAAAAUAUUUUUAUUUAAAAGGCGGAUUGAAUGAAAGGAUUCCAAAUACGCUCACAUUUUAUGGAAAAUUAACUUGUGAUGGCAACCUAAAACCCCCAGAAUGUGUUGAGAAAGUAUGUGUUGAAAAGGAUGAUGAUAUUAAUGGACAUUAUACAUGCGAUAAAAAUGGAAGUAUGAUUUGUAGAGAAGGAUGGGAAGAUCCUUUUACUAACUGUCUUAAAACCUUGAUGGUUCAUGGUUCAUCUGCCAAUGUGCAAUUGCAAACAUCGUUUACACAGUUGCAAGCAUUGUUUACACAGUUGCAACCAUUGUCUACACUAUUACAGCCAUCUAUUUCACAGCUUCAACCAUCAAUGUCUUCUUUAUUUAAAAAUUUUAUUAAUAACAAUUUGCAAGGUUAUACUUUUACUUCUUCUAUUCUACGCACAUCACCAUUUCAAUCUUCAAAUCUCCAAAGAUAUUCUGAUAAGAAUUCAAUUGUACCUUUUUCUUAUACGUCUGCAUUGUCAGUACAACAAUCCCUAUUAAAUUCAUCCGCUUUGUUAUUAAAAGUUUCAGAAUCUAAUAGAUCUAUAUUGUUAUCACAAGUUUCAACAUCUACAAUAUCAGCUUUGUUAUCAGAAGUUUCAAUAUCAAAUGUAUCUGAUUUGCUAUCAAAAAAUUCACCUUUAUCUACAUCAGCAUCGUUAUCAGAAGUAUUAACAUCUAAUUUAUCCGAUUUGUUACUGCAAGUUCUACCAUCUCCAACACAAGUUAUGUUAUCUGAAGUUUCAACAUCAAGUAUGCUUAUGUUGCCUUCAAAAUAUAAUCCUUUGUUUACAUCAGCUUCGUUAUCAGAAGUUUUAACAUCAAGUUCAUUAAAUUUAUUUUUACAAGUAUCGCCAUCUCCUACACAAGCAUUGUUACCUGCAGUUUCAACAUCUAGUGUGUAUGCUUUUGCUUCAAAAGAUUCAUCUUUACCUACUUUAGCAUCUUUAUUUAAAGCUGUGACAUCUGGUUUAAAGGGUUUGUUAUUACCAGUCUCACCAACAACUACAUCAGCUUUGAUUUUGAAUGGUUCAGCAUCAAGUAUGUCUGCUUUGCUUUUAGCAAAUUCACCUUUGCUUUCAUCAGUAUUAUUAUCAGAAGAUUCAACAUUCAAGCCAUCUGAUUUGUUAUUGCAAGUUUCUCCAUCAUUUACAUCAGCUUUAUUAUCUGAGGUUUCAACAUCUAGUUUGUUUGUUUUGACUUCAAAAAAUUUUCAAUUAUCUACAUCAGCAUUGUUAUCAGAAGUAUUAACAUCUAAUUUAUCCGAUUUGUUACUGCAAGUUCUACCAUCUCCAACACAAGUUUUGUUAUCUGAAGUUUCAACAUCAAGUAUGCUUAUGUUGCUUUUGAAAAGUUCAUCUUUACCUUUUUCAGCAUUAUCAUCAGAAGUUUUAACAACUAAUUCAUCUACUUUUUUAUUGCAAGUUUCACCAUCACCUUCAUCAGCUUUGAUUUUGAAUGGUUCAGCAUCAAGUAUGUCUGCUUUGUUUUUAAAAAGUUCACCUUUAUCUUCUUCUGCAUUAUUAUCAGAAGUUUUAACAACUAAUUCAUCUGCUUUGUUAUUGCAAGUUACACCUUCUCCUACAUCAACCUUGUUAUCUACAGUUUCAACAUCAAGUGUGUCUGUUUUGCCUUCAAAAUAUAAUCCUUUGUUUACAUCAGCUUCGUUAUCAGAAGUUUUAAGAUCAAAUUCAUCUAAUUUGUUAUUACGAAUUUCACCAUCUCCUACACAAGCAUUGUUAUCUGCAUUUUCAAAAUCUAGUGUGCAUGCUUUUGCUUCAAAAGUUUCAUCUUUACCUACUUCAGCAUUUUUAUUUAAAGCUGUGACAUCUGGUUCAAAGGGAUUGUUAUUACCAGUCUCACCAACAACUACAACAGCUUUGAUUUUGAAUGUUUCAGCGUCAAGUAUGUCUACAUUGCUUACAAAAAAUUCACCUUUGAUUACAUCAUCUUCGUUAUCAGAAGUAUUAACAGCUAAUUUAUCUGAUUUGUUAUUGCAAGUCUCACCAACUCCAACACAAGCUUUGUUAUCUGAAGUUUCAACUUCAAGUUUGUCUACUUUGCUUUUAAAAAGUUCACCUUUUCUUUCAUCAGCAUUAUUGUCAGAAGAUUCAACAUUUAAGUCAUCUGAUUUGUUAUUUCAAGUUACACCAUUUUCUACAUCAACUCUGUUAUCUAAAGUUUCAACAUCAAGUGUGUCUGUUUUGGCUUCAAAUAUUUUUCCAUUAUCUACAUCAUCUUCGUUAUCAGAAGUAUUAACAUCUAGUUUAUCUGAUUUGUUACUGCAAGUUCUACCAUCUCCAACACAAGCUUUGUUAUCUGAACUUUCAACAUCAAGUUUGUCUACUUUGCUUUUAAAAAGUUCACCUUUGCUUUCAUCAGGAUUAUUACCAGAAGUUUCAACAUUUAAGUCAUCUGAUUUGUUUUUUCAAGUUACACCAUCUCUAACAUCAGCUUUGUUAUCUAAGGUUUCAUCAAGUGUGUUUAUUUUGCCUACAAAAAAUUAUUCUUUGUUUACAAUAGCUUCGUUUUCAGAAGUUUUAACAUCAAAUUCAUCUAAUUUGUUAUUAGAAGUUUCACCAUCUCCUACACAAGCUUUGUUACCUGCAGUUUCAAUAUCUAGUGUGUAUGCUUUGGUUUCAAAAUAUUCACCUUUACCUAUUUCAACAUUGUUAUUUAAAGCUGUAUCAUCUGGUUCAAAGACUUUGUUAUUACCAGUCUUACCAACAACUACAUCAGCUUUGAUUUUGAAUGUUUCAGCAUCAAGUAUGUCUGCUUUGUUUUCAAAAAAUUCACCUUUGCUUUCAUCAGCAUUAUUAUCAGAAAAUUCAACAUUUAAGUCAUCUGAUUUGUUAUUACAAGUUUUGCCAUCUCUUACAUCAGCUUUGUUAUCUGAGGUUUUAACAUCAAGUGCAUCUGUUUUGGCUUCAAAUAUUUUUCCAUUAUCUACAUCAGCAUCAUUAUCAGUAGUAUUAACAGCUAAUUUAUCUGAUUUUUUAUUGAAAGUCUCACUAUCUCCAACACAAGCUUUGUUAUCUGAAGUUUCAACAUCAAGCGUGUUUGCUUUGGCUUCAAAGUGUUCACCUUUACCUACUUCAGCAUUGUUUUUUAAAGUUUUAACAUCUAAUUCAAAGGCUUUGUCAUUACAAGUUUCACAUUCAUCUGCCUCAGCUUUGAUUUUGAAUGUUUCAACAUCAAGUAUGUCUGCUUUGCUUUUGAAAAGUUCACUUUUAUUUUCAUCAGCAUUAUUAUUGGAUGUUUUAGCAUCUAGUUUAUUUACUUUGUUAUUUCAAGGUUCACCAUCAAUUUUAUCAAGUUUGAUUUUAACUGUUUCAACAUCAAGUGUGUCUGCUUUGCUUUUGAAACGUUCAACGUUACCUUCAUCAUUAUUAUUGGAAGUUUUAACAUCUAGUUCAACGGCUCAUUUACAAGUUUCACCAUCACCUUCAUCAACAUUUAGUUUAUUUGUUUCAACAAUAAGUGUGUCUGCUUUGGCUUCAAUAAAUUUACCUUUACCUUCAGUAUCUAUAGUUAAAGUUUUAACAUCUAAUUCAAAGACUUUGUCAUUACAAGUUUCACCAUCACCUUCAUCAGCUUUGAUUUUGAAUUUUUCAACAUCAAGUAUGUCUGUUUUGGCUUGGAAAAGGUCAUGUUUGCUAACAUCAGCAUCUUUAUUCAAUGUUUUUAAAACUACUUCAUCUGCUUUGUUAAUGCAAGUUUCUUCAUCGCCCUCGUCAAGUUUGUUAUCUGAAGAUUUAACAUUAAGUUUGUCUGCUUUGGUUUCAAAAAGCUCACUUUUAUCUACUUCAGCAUCGUUGUUUAAAGUUUUAACAUCUGGUUCAAUGGCUUUGUUAUUACCAGUUUUACCAUCACCUACACCAGCUUUGAUUUUGAAUGUUUCAAUAUCAAGUAUGUCAACUUUGCUUUCAAAAAGAUCAACUUUGCUUUCUUCAACAUUAUUAUCAGAUGUUUCAACAUUUAAGUCAUCUGCUUUGUUAUUGCAAGUUUUAUCUCCUACAUCUGGUUUGUUAACUGAGGUUUCAACAUCAAGUGUAUCUGUUUUGCCUUCAAAAUGUCCCCCUUUAUCUACAUUAGCAUCUUUAUUGGAGAGUUUAACAUAUAAUUCAUCUGAUUUGUUAUUGCAAAUUUCACUAUCUCCUACACAUGCUUUGUUAUCUGAAGUUUCAACAUUAAGUUUGUUUACAUCAAGUUUUUCAACAUUAAGUGUGUCUGCUUUGGUUUCAAAAAAUUUAACAUCUGCUUCAUUAUUGGAUGUUUCAACUUAUAGUAUAUCCAUUUUGUUGCUACAAGGUUUACCUUCAACUUUAAUCACCUUGUUAGCUUCAACAUCAAAUGCAUCUACUUUGCUACUGCCAGGUUCAAACUUGGCUUCUAAUGAAUUUUCGCCUAAAGUUUUACAAUCUAAUCAAUCUUCUUUUUUAUUGCAUAAUUUAUCAACAACAGAAUCAAUUUUACUUGCAUCAAGUUGGUCUUUUGUUAUGUCUACUUCAUUGCAAAGUUUAAAUCUAAAUUCAUCUGUUUUAGUAUUGCAAGGUGCUACGCCAGUUAGUUCUUUUUUAUUAUUGCAAGGUUCAUCAACUACAUUGACUUGGUUAAUUAAAUAUUCAAUGUCGACAUCACCUGUUAGUUUACUUCACAGUUCAGCAUUAACAAAUGGCUUGUUUCCCAAAGUUUCACCAUCAAAUAAAACUGCUUUAUUUGUGCAAGUUUCAUCAUCAAUUGUUUUAAAAAACUCUAGCAAUAUUAUUCCUUCUACAAGAUCCAGUAACAGUGAAUGUUCCUCAAAUGUAGUUCAUCACAAUUCCACUGGGUUUCAAGUAUUAUGUAUUUGCAAUAAUAAAGAUGUCUUUAUCUUGGUUCCUGGUUUCAAUUUAACUGAAUGUUUUAGUUCUAACAAGUUGUCUACUGUCAGCUUUAUUGGUUGCAUAAAUUCAAUUUUAGCAAUUUUCCUAUCUAUAGUUGCGUAUAUUGUGUUCAGAAAUCAUCGAAAAGUUCCAGAGAAAAUACUUAUAAGUUUUUUCUGCUCUUUGCUGUUCUUGAUUGUUACGCUUCUUAUCGGAAUAAAAGAAACAUACAAACCACGCAGUUGCCAUGCAGUUUCAACGUUACUUCAUUUUUUUACUCUAACUAGUUUUGGGUGGAUGUCUGUAGAGUUCCUUAGCAUAUAUAGAAAUGUGUUUCAUCGCUAUCAAGGAAGCAGGUUUUUCUAUACCAUGUCCGCCUCAACAUGGGGAUUUUCGGCUAUUGUUGCUGGUCUUACUAGUUUGUUUACUAAAGUUUUGUUCAAUGGAUUAAAUAGCAGUUGCUACGUUGGUGGCAAAAUGUUUAUUGCUUUAACAGUUCUGCCAAUAACUUGUACUGUGCUGCUGGAUCUCUUAUUAUUGUUUAAAGUUGUUCGCAAGCUUCAAAGUCAUUCGCCUAUAAUGAAAAAAUACCGCUCAAGGAAAUUAUUGCUUGCCAGAAUUAGAUUCAUAUUUACGUGUUUUGUACUUCUAAUUUUAGCAUGGGUAUUUGGCGUUUUAGCUAUAUUAAAUUUCAGAACUUCUUACCAAUGGGUUUUCAGUGUAAUUAAUUCUAUUCUAGGAUUUUAUAUUUAUAUUGACACCAUGAAGCAUGUUGCAGUUAAAAAAGCUAACCGAAUACCAGAACUAACUUUAAGAAAGUCUGAUUUAAGAACGGUUAUGAUGGAAUUAAAAGCGUAAUUAUUGUAAAAAUAAGUUGAAUAAAAUUUAAAUAAAAUAUAUAAACAUAAA